UCCUCUUUCCAGAAGCGGCCAUGAGGUGCCGCUGUUGGCCUCCUUCCCAAGGCCGACCGUAGCGGGGCCGUGGCUCCCCUUGCCGGAUGAGACGGAGCAGGGCUCCGGAAGGAGGAGGUGCUGAAGCGGCGGCGGAGGAAGCAGCCUUGGUCCGCGCUAUGGCGCGCAAUAAGGCAGCCGUGGUGCUGUGCAUGGAUGUCGGCUUAUCGAUGAGCAAUUUUGGGCCUGGAGAAGAGUCUCCUUUUGAACAAGCCAAGAAAGUGAUGACAAUGUUUGUGCAGAGGCAGGUGUUUGCAGAGAGUAAAGAUGAAAUUUCCUUGGUUUUAUUUGGCACAGAGAACACUGCAAACAGUCUUGCCAGUGGGGAUCAGUAUCAGCAUAUUGCUGUCCACAGGCACCUGAUGCUGCCAGAUUUUGAUUUGUUGGAAGACAUACAAAAUGUGAUUCAGCCUGGCUCCGAACAGGGCGACAUUCUUGAUGCCCUUAUCGUAUGCAUGGAUUUGCUUCAGAAGGAGACAAUUGGGAAGAAAUAUGACAGACGGCACAUCGAGGUUUUUACUGACCUUGGUAGUCCCUUCAGUGAGGAUCAGCUCGAUGUUAUCAUUGCUAAUUUGAAGAAAACGGGGAUCUCGCUGCAGUUUUUUUUGCCAUUUCCGCUUGACGAUGAAGGUGGACGUGGGGACAUGAGUGGUGGUGCCUGUUCUAAUAGUCAUGAAAACUCUUUUUCGAGGAAAGGGCUAACGGAACAGCAAAAAGAAGGCCUGCAGAUGGUCAGGAAACUUAUGUUCUCCUUAGACAAAGAAGAUGGUCUGGAGGACAUCUAUACCUUCAGAGAGAGCCUGGAACGUCUUUCUAUGUUUAAGAAGGUUGAACGGAGACCCAUGGCUUGGCCAUGUCAGCUAACAAUUGGAUCUAAACUGUCCAUAAGGAUUGUGGCCUAUAAAGCGUUCACAGAGGAAAAAGUGAAAAAAUCCUGGAUGCUUGUCGAUGCCAGGACUUUAAAAAAAGAAGAUGUGCAGAGAGAAACAGUUUACUGUUUGAAUGAUGAUGAUGAAACAGAGGUUCAGAAAGAGGAUGUUAUCCAAGGAUUCCGCUAUGGGAGUGACAUAGUUCCAUUCUCUAAGGUAGAUGAAGAACAGAUGAAAUACAAAACAGAUGGGAAAUGUUUUGCUGUCUUGGGAUUCAGCAGAUCUUCUCAGGUCCUGAGACAUCGCUACAUGGGGAACCAGGUCCUGAAGGUCUUUCCAGCGAAAGAUGACGAGGCUGCAGCUGUUGCGCUUUCUGCCCUUAUCCAUGCUUUGGAUGAGUUAGAUAUGGUAGCCAUUGUGCGCUAUGUCUAUGAUAAAAGAUCUCUACCACAGGUUGGAGCAGCCUUCCCAGUAAUUAAGGAUGAAUAUGAGUGUUUGGCGUAUGUACAGAUGCCAUAUAUGGAAGAUUUGAGACAAUAUGUGUUUUCCUCCUUGAAAAAUAAUAAAAAGUAUACAGCAACAGAGGAUCAGUUACUUGCAGUUGAUUCUUUGAUUGAUUCUAUGAGCUUGGUUUAUGAAGAUGAGACUGAAGGGACAAUCAAGGAUGUAUUUAAAACCAGCAAAUUCCCAAAUCCUCAGUUCCAAAGAUUGUACCAGUGCCUACAGCAUAAGGCUUUCCAUCCUGAUUCACCUCUACCUGCUGUUGAGAAACACAUCUUAGACAUGUUGGUGACACCUCUGGAAGUGGCAGAGAAAUGCCGUGCUCCCCUUGAAAAAGUAAAAUCCCUUUUUGCCUUGAAGGAAGCAGGCAAAAUGAAAGAGCAGAAGACAGCUCAACAUAUCUUCAAAGACAAUAAUGAAGAUGGGCCCAGUGCUAAAAAGGCAAAAAUGGAAAGCAGUGAAGGUGGCUUCAGGAUUGCAAAUCUGGCUGAAGGCAAUGUCACCACAGUUGGAAGUGUUAACCCAGCAGAAAAUUUCAGAGUGCUGGUGAAGCAGAAGACUGUUGACUUUAAAGAAGUCAGCCAGCAGCUAAUAAAACACAUUCACCAGUUUUUGGAAAACAGGGGGCCUCUGUACUAUAUGAAAAGCAUUGACUGCAUAAAGGUUUUCAGAGAGGAAGCGAUAAAGCUGUCAGAAGUGCAAUGUUUUAAUGAUUUUCUGGAGGCUCUGAAAAAAAAGGUAGAAGACAAAAACUUAACCGAUUUCUGGGAGAUUAUAAUACAAGAUAAAAUUUCCUUGAUCACUAAAGAUGAAGCUGGAGGAAGCUCUGUGACAGCGGAAGAUGCCAAAAAGUUCCUGGCUCCCAAAGAAAAACUAAUGGAUAUUUCCCCAGUGGCUGAUGAAGGUGGCGAUGUUGAUGAUCUUCUGGAUAUGAUUUAAAUGGAUGGGCAGCAACCUGAAAUAUUUGGAUCUGAAGACAUCUCUAGAGUCCAGGGAGAACAUCAGAAGUGCGGGCCAGAGAGACUUCUUUAGGUCCUCAGGUUCAUAGAGUAGGCACCAAAAAAAAUUGCCAGUAUCUUGUAGACUGUUGUUUGGUUGUUCUGUUUGGUUGUUCAGUUGUUCUGUUGUUUGUUUGUUUGCCACCAUACUUGUAAGUCAUAGUGUCUUUUUUACUCAAAUUUUCUUGUCACAGAAUGUAUCCAUAUCUUUAACAAUAGAUCUUUUUCAUAA